AUGGGUUGUUGUGUGAGUGCAGCUAAUAAUAUUCAAGAACCUGAUAAUAGGAAUAAAAAGCCUAUAUAAAUUAAUCAUCCUUAAAUAUAAUAAGAAGAUAUUCAAAAUAUUGAAGUUAAUUAAUAGGAUAGGUCUGAAGAAUAAGAUAAAAGAAAAAGAAUGGUCUAAACUAAAAAUGAUAUACCUCCACCUUGUAAAUAUCCUAAACCUAAGAAAAAAGACAAUUUUGACGAUAUGCAAUUUGAAAAAAAUUAAUAACCUAUAGAACCUUAAAAACCAAAAUUACCCAGGAAUGAAAAAUUACAGAAAUUAAUAAAUUAUGGAAAGGAGUAUGUUGAAUCACUUCAUUAUAAUUCUGAAACUGACAUAUAAAUUAUAAAUGAAAUUGAAUAGAAAACUUUUUCAAAUUCACUUACAUUAGAAGAAUUGAAUGUAACAUAUUUUAAUAUUUUUUUAGGAUAUAUCAAAAAGUUAUGAUAAAUAAUUAAUUGAAAUCCUAUUUUUAAAAGGUUGUUUAGGAAUCACUAUGCUUGAACUUAUAUUAAUUCAUAUACAAACUUUCGAAAUUAUUACCCAUCUAUUAUUAGAGCAUUAAUUUCCUAUAAAUGAUGAUCUCUAUUAUGUUGCAAUAAGAAUUAUAAAUAAAAUUAAACCAUUAAGAAAAAAUGAUAACUAAGUUUAAUAAUCUAUUAAUUUUAUUAAAGCAAUCUAAAAUUCCAAUCAAAUUACUUAAUUAAUAAUUAAUAAAGGAGCAGUUAUACUUUUUAAUAGAUUUUAAAAUUUUGACUCUGAAUUCAAUUUAAGAAAUCCUUUACAUAUUAAAUUAUUAGGUAUAAUAGUUAAAUUACUUAAACAUUUCUCAAUCAAUUCAACUCUUGAAUAAGCAUAUUGUAAUGCAAAAAUUAAUUAUAAUUUUACUAAUUUAUCAAUACCAAAAUCUAUACCAAAAGGAGAUAGUAAUUAAGUAAAUUCUAGUAAAAUAGAAUUGAAACAUCUAAAAUUCACUAUAUUUCAUUAAAUAGCCAUAAAUAAAGAAUGGAAAUUAUUUAUAUAAUACUCUAAUAAUUAUUAUUAAGUGCCUGAUAUUUCUGGUAUUACUCCUUUUAUGAUUUUUAUGGAAAAGGCUCCAAUUAACAUAAUAUUAGAAUAUAUAUUAGAAUAUCCUUCUCAACUUAAAUAAGCUAUUAAAUAUACAACAUAAUAAGGUAAGAAUAUUGUACAUUGUAUUUCUAUGAAUAAGAACAUUCAAGAAGAGAAUGAAGCUUUAAUUAUAAAUAUCUUAUCCCAAUUAUAAUAAUGUGGAUAGUAAGAAUAAUUAUUAGAAUAAUUACUUUUAUAACCAUAUAAUGAUUAAAUUCCUUUGAUUUCUUAUAUGGAUUCACAUAAAGUAGUCUUAAACACAGUUUGUGAGUUUUUAAGUCAAUUUAUUAAAAAAGAAUUUGAUUUCAACAAAUUGCAUAUCUAAGCUAUUGUUAAUUCACAUCAAAUAAAAAAAUAGAGAACUAAAGAUCUUAAAAAAAAUAAAUUAAAUCCUAAUUUAUAAGAGAAGUUCUUUAGUUUUUUUAAAAAAGGUAGAAAUUUAAUAAAAUAAUAUCCAUAGAAAAAAAUAAAUACUUAAUAUGAUUAUGUUUAUUUACACUAUAUUCAAUUAGUAAAAUAAGUAAUAAAAAAAGAUUAAAAAAUAAAAUUUGAUUGGAUUAAUAAUUUUAAUAUUUAUACAAGCUAUUUUCCUUAUGAAAUAGGUACCACAUAAUAGACAUUUAUGAAUAUUUUAUUAAGAAAUGGACAUUAAGAAUAAGUGAAAUAAAAUAUUAUUUAAGUGAUUUAAUUAAUUAAUUCAAAUUAAAAUAUAGAUGUUGAGAUUCCUAAUGGAUUUUCCCUAAAAGCAUAAUUGUUAGCAUAAUUGAUAAGUUUAAAAAAAGAAUAAAAAUAAUAUCCAUAUUAGACAGUAUUUGAUAUGAUUGAUUCUAUAGUAAUAGAAUAAAUUAAUUAAAAUCCAAAAUUAUUAAUAACUUAAAUAUUUGGAAAUACAGAUUUUAAAUAAAUAGAACAUUAAACAAUAUAUUCAAUAUUAAUUUAAUUAAAGGAUUAAAAAUUAUUAGAAGGUUGUUUGACUGCAUAAUUAUUAUUUGAUAUAGAUUAAAAUACUAAAUAUGAAGUGUUACUUGCAGCUUUUGAAUUGAAAUAAUUGCAUUCUAAAGAUCAUUUGCUUAAGAAAAUAUUAGAUUCAAUUUAAAUUAGAGCUAAACUUAAAUUAGUUACACUUAAGAAUAAAAAACACUUUUUUGAUAUUAGAUUAAAUGAUUUAUAAUUACCAAAAGAAGAUGAGAAACAUUAUACUAUCAAUUUUUAAACAUUAAUUCAUCUUGAUCUAUAAGAAUAUUUAUCAAAAAAAUAAAUCAUUUAAUAGAUUAUUUAACAAGAUAAUAAUAAUAAGGAAGUAGAUUAAAUAUUAUAUUUUAGAGCAUAUUUAACUCAUAACAAUCUUUUAAUAUUUAAUUAACAAUUAGAAUCCUAUAAAACCUUUAUAGAAAUGACAAAAUAGAAGCCAUUUCUAUUUCUUAAUAAAUUUUGGUCUAUGAAAGAUAAAAUCAAUUUUCAUCCAGAAAUAUUAGUUGAAAAAGAUAUUAAAAAAUAUGUUACUUUUCAUGAUUUAAAAGUAGAACAUUAUGAAUAAGCAUUUGAUUGGUAAAUUUAUGGAAUCACAGCAAAAAUUUUCAAUUCUACAAUUCCUAAUAAUAUUAAUUAAGAUAAAUUAAGUAAUAAACAAAAGGUUAUUAGAAAUUAAAUUAUAGAUAAAAUGUAUUUUGGAGAUGCUUUAGCUCGAUCAAAUAAAUUUAAUUAAGAAUUAUAAGGUUAUAUUUCAAGCUAUUCAUAUGCAAAGACUUAAAUAAAAUUUUAUCUAUAAAAAAUGAUAGAAGAGGAAGCCUUUAACAAUAUUGAAUAUUUAAGUGUUUAAUUUUAAUAUAGUUUAUAUAAUCUAAUAGCUAGAUUAGCCUAACAAUAAUUUUUAUUUGAAAUUGAUGGUAAAAGGUAAACCUAUACAUAGGAUAAUUAGAAUGUGAAAAAAUUUAAUUAAAUGUUAUCAAAAUUAUUAGAAUUGAAGAUUCCUUAAAAUGAAUAGAUUUAAGAUACAUAGAAGUAUAAUUUUUCAAAUAUUCUACCAUUAAUUUCACUUUAAAAUUGGCAAAAGUUAGACUAAAAUACUAAAUAAUCUAUAUAUAUGACUAUUGAUUAGUAAUCUUUAAUUGUCUUAAUAUAUUAAAUAUAAGAUUAAGAAUUAUUGCAAGCAAUAAUCAAAGAUAUUCUAUUAACUAGUCAAAUUCAAUAGGUUGAAUUUAUCAUUUAACAUUGUACCAAAUCAUUACCUAAGAAUUCUAAUAUAAUAAAAUUUAUUUUAGAUAUAGUAAUUAAGAUUGAAAAUAAAGAGGAAUCUACAAUUAAUUUAAUUGAAAGAUUGUUUGUGUCUUUAUUUUCACACUAAGAAAAUUUGGCUCUUAAAUAUUUGAAUUAAAUAUAGAUACAAAAAAAUAAAAUUUAUUUACUUUAUGGAUAAGUUUUAAGAAAGAAUUAAUCAAAUAAAACAUUGAAUUAAUUAUUAUAUUAUUGUGAAAAUAAUUAAAUAGAUCUUGAUAAUUAAAUAUAUAAAACACCUUUAAAAUGUCCAGAAAAUUUAGAAACUUAUUAUAAGGCUUUAUCUAAACCAUAUUAUAUUGUCUUUACUUUAUCUCAAUAUUAAGAAUUUUAUAAAUAGAUACCUUUGACAAUGGAAUAAAAAAUUAAACAUAUAUAAUCAUUUCUAGAAAAUGGUUUAUAUGAAAAAUUAUAAUUUAUACUUAGUUAAGGAGAUUUCAGUUUUGAAACAUAUAGUUAAGCAUAUUUUUAAAUGGUAAAGUACUUUUUAGAGGAAUAAUUAUCUAUCAAAUUUGAUAAUUAAGAUGAAGCAGAGGAAGUAGAUGAAAAUGGAAAUUAAAGUGUUAAUAAAAGAAAUAGAAUUCAAUUUUUUGAUAUUCAACCUAAUGAAUUAAAAUUUAAAAAGUUGAGAAAUAAAAAGACUAAUGUAGAAUUAAAAUAAGAAGCAUAAAAGAUUAUUGAAGAUUUUUGUAGAAUCAAUAAUAUAAAUCUUCUUAAAAGAAUGUAUGUUAAAAAAGUACAUAAAAUAUAAUAAUAAUUAAAUUAUACAUAAAAUUAAUGUGUUGGAUAUUAAACAUAAGAUAGAUCAGUUUUAUUUAUGAAUUCAGGUGGUUAAAAAACAGAUUAUCUAAAAUGUAUUGAAAUAGUAUAAAAAUAAUUUAAUCCUAAAAAAAUUAAAUCUAAAGAAAUUAUAGCAAAUUAUGAAUAUUAUUCAAACUUAUUAUAUCCUAAAAAUAAAAAAAUUGAGAAAUUUCAAGACAUUAUAAAAACAUUAUUAUAAGUAUUUCAACAGAAUAGAUUUCCUAAUAAUUUUUUAUCAACAAGAGCAUAAGGUUAUAUUGAUUUAUAUAAUGCUAAUGCUAAUUUAAAAUAAGCAGAAAUAGAAUUUGAAUUUCCUUAAAGAUUUACAUAAUUUUAGAAAUAAUUUUUCUUAGAAAUAUUAUUGAGUCUUAAAAAUGAGUCAUCAAAUGAAACUGCUAAUUUGAUUUUAAAUUAAUAGCAUGAAAAUAUGAGAUGUAUAAAGUUCUUGUAAAAAAAUUUAAGUGAAUUAGAAAAUAUAAGAUUCAAUAAUACAACAUUGUUUUAUGUAACUAAAUAAGUAGAGAUAUUAAAAAAUAAUUCAUAUCCUUUAGAAAUCUUUAAUAAUCAUAAUGAUUCUGAAAAUAUUAAAACAACAUUUUAUAAUUUAAAAUACACUUCAGCUGAAUUAACUAAGAAUUAAGUAUUUCUUAGAAAAGGUAGACAUGAUCAUAUAACAAAAUAAUAAUAAUUUUCAUAAAAUCAUUUAGUUGCUGCAAUAAUGAGUAAUAAUUAUAAUUCAAUUAUUUAUGCAUUGAAUCUUCAUGCAGAACCAGCUAAAUGUGGAUAAGCAAAUAAUAUAUUUUAAAUUUUAAUAAUUUAACAAUGUGAAAAUAACAUUAUUAAAUAUUUCAAUUCAUUUGUUAAAGGAAAAGUAUAAGCUUAUGAAAAAUUAUUAUCAUUCAAUAACAUACCUAUUCUUUAUUAUGUAUUUUAUAAAAAAAUGGAAAAGGUUUUUAAAGAAUGUUUUCUUGUAUAUUUAACAAAUUUGAUAGGUAAAUAAAAAACUAAUGAUAUAAUUAAAAAUCAAUUAUAAUUAACUUCAAAUUUAACUGAAUAUAAGAUCUAUUAAAUUGCUUUAAUAAAUAAAUGUUAUUUUAUUUUAAAUUAUUUGGAUGGAAUCAUAACUUAAGAUGAUUUAUAACUUAUAACUUCACCAUAUAUUUUGAAAUUUUAAACUCCUCCUUAAAAUUUAGAAGAAAAUUCAAAAGAAUAAUAAUUUUAUAAAAAAUAUUUUGACCAUUUAUAAUUGGCAUAAUAAGAAUUAUAUUGGAUUUAAUUUGAUAGGGUUAAGUAAAAAGGAAAAGAAUAAAAUAAAAAUAAAGAAGAAGAGGAAAAUAAGAAAAAGAAAAAGAAAAAGAAAAAGAAGAAUAAAUAGUUUAGUAAUAAUUCUCUUAUAAAAUAGAAAUCCAAAUUUAAUUAAUCAAAUAGUCUUUACAUUAAAGAUAAAUAAUUAAAUGAAUUAAUUUUAUUUGAAUAAGCUUGUCUUAAUUCAAUAUUUAAUUUAUAAGCUCAGAUUAAUCUUAAAAAUAAAAUGUUAUCUUUUGCAUUAAGUGAUAAUAAAUGGGAAUGUUUGGAAAAACACAAAUAUCCAGAAAAUAUGUUAAUCUAAUUAAUUGUUGAAUAUAAAACAAAAAAUUAGAUCUAAAAUUUAGAUCAAAAUUUACUUCAAAAUAUAUUAAAAAAUUGUCUCCAAUACUAAAUAUCUCAUAAUAAUUUGAUUAUUGAACUUUGUCAAAUAAAUCCUCUAUUACUUCUAAAAGUGAUAUAAACAAUAGAAGUUACUUUAGAAAUAGCAGUGAUUUUAUAUGCUAAAUUAAAAGAUACUCCUGAAUUAGACAAUUUUUUAAAUUAUCAUUCAAAAAUGUACACCGAUUAUUUAAGAAUUCCAUAAAAUGGUGUACCAAUGGAACAUGAAGUAAUAGAAUAAGAAGAGGAACAUCCUAUACCAUUAGAAUAUAUGAAGCCAUCUGUUGCAUAUAUAUUAAUGUUAUUAAAAAGCAUAAAAUAAGACAACUAUAAUCCUAAUCUAUUAAAGUAGUAAUGUAUAUCAACUCUAUUAUUUUAAAGAACUUACGAUUUAUUAAAAUAACAAUUAAAUUAAUAAAGUAUAUCAUAACUAAAAUUUUCAAAUAAUACCUUACAAUUUUUGAAAGAUUUCUCUUAAGUCACUUUAAAUAUUGAGAAGGAUAACUUUUUUGAAAGUCUAAAUUAGGAAGAAAAUCUUCUUGAAAUUUCAAUUUUAAAAAGCAUUAUAUAAAUAAAAUAAAUUGAAGCUAUUGUUGAUAAUUUUAAGGCAUAAUGUUAAUGGUAAGGUUAUUUAAAGGAAAAAAAGUAUGAAAAAUAAAGUAAGGAUAAAUUUUAAAUUUAUUUUGGUGAUGGAGAAAUUAAAAUGUAUUAAGAGAGUUUUUAAAUUUAUUUGACAUUUGAAAACAAUUAAUUCUAUUUAAAUUAAAAUAAAAUUGAUAAAAUUUUAGAAUAUCUAAAAUCAUAAACACACUAAAAAUAAUUAGAUGAAUAACCUGUAUUGAUGGAAAAUAUAUUAUAGUUUAGUAUUGUAAAUAAGAAAAUGAUUAAUUUAAAUAAAUUUGAUUUAAGUAUUUUGAGUUCAUUUGAUUUUGAGAAUUUAUCUUAUCAAAAUUGUAUAGAUUAAAUAUUAGAUUUGACAAAAGCUUAAGUAAAAUGUGGAUAAUAUGAAAUUGAUGAUUUAUUUGCACCUCAUCAACAUGAAUAAAUAAGAUAACCUGAAUUGACAUAAUAAAUUUCUGUUUAAUAACCAGUAUUAUAAAGGUAACAAUCUUCAUAAACUGGAUAAUCUUUUGGAGCCUUAAGUUUAUCAAAAUAAGCUUCCACAAGUUAAAGAUAGAAAUUAAGAGAGGAUUUUUAAUUCAUGUUAGAACUUUUACCUGAUAACACAUAUUAAGUGAGAUAGAGACAUAAAAAGUAAAAUCAAAAGGAAAUUAUUUUUUCAGAAUUCUAUUAAUUCUAAUAACCAAAUGUUAAAUUAAAUUUAAUUAAACUAAGUUAAAGUGAAUUCAUUUAAUAAUAUAAUUGUAGAAAAAUAAUAUCAAUUGUAGUUUAAGAUCUUUAUAAAUAUAAUGAAUAUUUAGGUAAUUUGAUUGAAGGAUAAACAAAAUAAGAUCAAUGGAUUGUUGAUUUUCCAUUCUAUAUUAUGAAUAAUUCAAUCAAGUUUUCAAAAUGUCUAUUUACAACCUAUAAUAUUUAAUUCAUUUUUAAUAAACUUUUUAAUUUUAUUGAAAAAGUAAGAACUUACUCUUAAAUUGACAAAAAAGAUAAUAAGAAAUUGAUAUGGAGAAUUAAUGCAACUUCAUUUUUAGAAGUUUUUAUAAGUAAAUUAAUUGAUUUGCAGAAUUAAAAAUGUUUAAAUGAUGAAAUAUAUUCAUUAAUAGAUGCAUUAUUGGAAUGGAAUAGUUUGAUAAUGAUUUUCAAUACAUUAAUCUAUCACAAUUUAGAAUAAGCUUAAUAAGUAUUAAAGGUAAUAAGAGGUGUUUAUGUUGAAUUUAAUGAAAUAUCUGAUUUGUCUUAAUAGAAUUGUUAAUUUGUAGAUACAAAUAAUAUUUUUGAUAAAACAUUUUUAUUUGGGAAUACUACAUAUUUACUUUAAAAUUAGAUAUUAAUUAUAAGAUUAAAUGUUAAAAUAGAAUCAAAUAAUUAAUAAAUGAUAUAAGUAAAAAAUAAUCUAAUUUUACCAGAUACUAGAAUAUAAUUGUAUUACAAUAAUAUUCUAAAUAUUUAUGAUUUUUUUAAUUAGAUUUUUAGUUCUGAUUAACUUGUAUAGUUUAUUUUUAAUAAAUUAGAAGUUGAUAGAUGUUUACUUAAUUUUUCUAAUAAAAUAAGUUAAAUCAUAAAUAAAACAGUAACAUUAUCAGUGGAUCAUUCCUAAUUAAUAUAUAUAUUUUCAGGAGAGAUUUUAAGAGCUAUGUCUAUAAAAAAUAAUGAAAUUAGAUUAAAAGAAUUUGAGAGUAUUUGGUAUAUCUUAAAUUAACUUUAUAACUAUUUUACAAGAGAUUUAUAUGAUUAUUUGGUAAAUUAAUUCAUUACUGAAAAAUUUAACUCUAUGUUUUAUAUUAGAUUUCAUUGUCUUUUGAAUUCUAUUAAAUAUAAUAAGAAUUUAAAUGAAAUUUUGAAUUCAAAUACUAGAUAAUUAUUUAAAUCUAAAGGAGGUUUUGUAUUAGAGAAAGUUUGUAACUUAAAUAAAUAAAUAACCUAAAAAUUAUAUUUUAGAUUUGGUUUUUAAUUGACUAUUUCAUUUUAUAUUAGUAAUUGUAAAUUAGGUGAUAUUUGUGCAGUAUGUCAUUAUGAUAAUUCUAAAUUAAAUUUAACAUAUGGAUAAUUAGUAUGCAAUACAAAACCAGGAUGUUUAAUAUUUCAUAAUUUAACAGAAAAUGAAGCUAAAAGUUAAUAAGAGAUUGUUAGAUUGUAAUAAGUAUACCUAAGAGGUACAAAUGUAUAAAAUUAAUUGUCUAUUAAUUUAGAGGAUCUUCAUUCUAUUGUAUUAUUUUAAUCUAAUUGGCCUAAUGAUCCAUUAUUUAAUAAUUGUAUUUUGAAUUUAUUUAUAACUGAUUUUGAGUAAGAUUUAUUUAUUUGCAAUGAGAAAAAUUUCAUAAAGACUAUGAUUGAGAUAUAAAAUGAAGUAGAUGAAAAUAUUAAAUAGGAUAGAUUAGAUAGUUUAUUUGGAGUAGGUUUAGCAUCAUCUUAUAGUGAUAUUACUGUAACAUAAAUGACACCAACUUUUGUAGAUUAAAUCAACUUUGAUUUUAUUUCAAUAAAUUCUUUAAAAAAAUAAUAAUCAGUUAUACAACCAAAUACUGUUUUUGUUAGAAUAAAUGAAGAUAAAUUUGUAUUAGAUCCUGUACCAACAUAACCUAUAAAUACAGCAUGCUAUUUUGAAUCAAAUUUAAAGAGUUAUAAAUUAUAAGGGAAACUAAAUAAUUUUUUAAAAUAACAUGAAGAAUUUAGUGAGGUAUAUUUAAUAUUUGAUGAUGAACUUGAUCAUUUUUAAAAUAAAGUGUCUGACUUAAUAAUAGCAUAAAAUUCAGGUAUAUUAAGUUUCAUAAAAGGUUAUGAACAAUUUAUUUAAAAUUAAAAUCAAAGUUCUAUUAAUAGUUCUUUAUAAAUGUUUUUUAGAGUUUAAUCAAUUUCAUAAAUUAAAAUUGACAUUAUUAAAAAUUUGAUUGCUUAAGUUGAGAUUAUUUUUGUUCCUUUUAAACAAUAAGGUGAAACUUUAAUUAAAAUUAAUAAUAAAAAACUUUAAAUAUACAAUUUAAUAGGAGAAACUUAUAUUAUUUGUCCAGAAAUUGAUGAAGUUACAAAUUUCUUUAACAAUCUGAUUAUAAACUUUAAAGAUCAUCAUUUAGAGCCAUAAAUAUCAAAUGAUAAUCAAAUAUAAAUUAAUUAUAAUAAAUUACCUGAUAUUGAAUAUAGAAAAAUAUUUGUUGAUAUUAUUUUAAUAGUUUAAUAUUUGCAUAAACUUUUAUGUAUUAUGGAUAAAGAAAAUCAAAUCAAAGUGAUUAGUAUAUAUCAUUCUGAUGAAAUAAUUACACAUAAUAAAUAAUCAUUUUACUAAUUUGUAGAUGAUAUGAUAAUUAUUAAUUAUUGUAAAUACUUUGAUUUUAGUUUUUCAAAUUUCAUAUUAGAUUAUUUUAACAGAAAAUAAAUCAAUUAAACAAACAAGUUAGAAUAAAAUGUCACUUAUUCUGGUCAAUAAAUACUCUAAAAACCAUUAAAAUUAAUUCCUAAAGAAAUAUUUUCAGGUCUAAAUUAAUGUGAUUAAAUAGAAUUGUUAUCAAUAAUAGAUAUGAAUAUAGUAAUAAAAAAUUAAGAAUAAGCAGAUCCAUUAGAAUUUAAAGAAUUGAUAUUAAUACCAAUAAUAAAUGGUAUUUAUAUCAAAUUAUUCUAUUUCAAAAGUUUUCAACAUCCUUUGCUUACUAAAUAUAAUAAUCAAAAAUAAAUCUAAUUUUAAGUAGGAGAGGAAAUACAAUUUCUAUUACAUCCCAUUCAUCCUUAACUUGCAUUGGAUUAAUAAAUAUAAAAAGUGAAGAUCUUAGUUAGUUAAGGAAAAUUAGAACAAAAAAAAUAUACACUUAAUCAAUUAAUAUAUAAGAAUUCAGAAUAAGAAAGUUUAAUGGCAACAGGAUUAUUUUUAAGUAAUAAUUUCAUGCUUGUAACAAUGAGAAGUGAAUCUCGAUUAAAAAUUACUAUUUAUUCUUAUUCACCAAUAACUGUAUCUUAAAAAAAUUAUUAAUUUUCAAAAUAAUUACAUUUUGAGUAUUAGAUUCAAAGUGUUUAAGAUUUAGAAAAGACAAUUCAUGUUUUAGUUUCACAUGGUUCAAAAAUUAUAUAAGUAGAACAUGAAAAAGAUGAUCAUGCAACAUAUGGUAAAGGUAAUAAAUAGAUGAUGAAAAUACUUUAAAAAGAAGUAAAGAAAAAUAAUAAAGAAAACAAUAUCUAUUAGUAAGUGGAAUCUACAACUCAUUCUAAAGAAUUGUAGAGUGGAAAUACAAUUAAUAUUAUUAGUAAUUAAGAUAUAGCUGUAGCUACAAGAGCAGGUAUAUAGAGAAAGGAUUAUAUUGAAUUUAGAGAUUCAAAUUGUAAUGUUGUUGAAUAAUUUACUUUUGAGAAAGUUACUUUUGUUCAUUCUAUAUUCUAUUAAAUUUAAUAUGUACCAGAUACUGAAAGAGUAGAGGAAGGAUUGAGUAUAAUUUGGACUCCAACUUUUAAAGGAAUAUAUCAUUUAUUUAUAGACAAUGUUAAAAUUGAUGGUAGAUUUAUUGUAUUAGCUAAUUUACCAGAUUUAGAAAAAUCAACUAUAGAAAUAUAAGAUAAUUUAGAAGUAAUACCUUUCUCUGAAAAAAUAUAAAUCUCAUUUUAUUUGAAAGAUAAAUUUGAUAAUUGUUAUAGUGAAAUUGAAAAUCAAAUAUUCUCUGAAUCUAAUUGCAAUAUCAAAUAAGUAUCAGGUGAUAAAUCAAAAUUAAAUUUGACUUUCAAUAAUCUAACAAAAUUUGGUUGUUUAAAUGCUCAUAUUAUAUUUGAUCCUAUUGAAAUUUUAGUUUUAGAAGAUACAACUGCAAUUGAAUUUUUCAUAAAUAAUUAAUUAAAGAAAAGUAAUAUAUAAUUAUUAUAUUUAGGUUAAAUAUGGAAACUUUCUGGUUUAGGAUUAGAAAAAAGAAGAUAAAGAUUCCAUUAAGAUAUUAAUUAAGUAUGGAAACCAACAAGUUUUAAUUUGAAUAUUAGUAGAGUUAAUUUUUUGGAAGAUUUAUUGGAAUUAGCUGAAAAAAAACUCAAUUAUCAAUUUAGCAUUAAAUUUAAUAAUGAACCAGGUAUUGAUGCAGGUGGAUUAAAGAGAGAAUUUUAUGAUAUGAUUGGUAAUACACUUAAAGAUGAGAAUUAUAAAUUUUUCUCUCCGGUUUCUUCUAAUCAAAGCAAAUACUUUUUACAUCCAAAAUUCAAUAAACAAAAGAAUAAAGAACGAUAUGCACUAUUAUUUGGAAAAGUAAUUAUUUCUUCUAAAUUAAGUUAAUUGCUAAUGCCAUAUGUAAUUCUUAUCUUAUAGGAAUUGAUAUCAUAGCACCUUUCUGGAAGGUAGUAUUUGAUGAAAAAAUUGUAUUUACAGAUUUAAGUCUCAUCUGGGAUAAGGAUACUUAUAAUAAUUAUGAGAAAUUAAAGACACUUAGUGAAGAAGAUCUAGAAUCUGUUUGUCUUGUAUUCACAUAUUCUACAGGUAAUACUGAAGCAGAAUUGAUUAUCAAAGGAUCACAAACUAAUGUAACUAAGAAAAAUUUAGAAUUAUAUCUUAAUAAAACUGCAGAAUAUGUUAUUUAUAAACAGUUUGAUAAAAUAUAUAAAGCUUUUAUAGAAGGAUUUUCAUCAGUAUUAGACAUAUCAGUAUCAUAUUAUAAAUAAAAUUAAGGUAUGUUAAAAAUGGUUAAUGCCUGGAGAAAUGUCAUUAUUGACUUAAGGAUUGUUAGAGAUCAAGUCAGAAAUUCUUCUACAGAAAUUCAAUUUUACUGGAGGAAAACCAUAACAUAAAUCAUACUUUGAGACUUAUGUUAGUCAAGCAUCUCCUGAGACAUUAAAGAAUAUGUUGAAAUUCAUAACAGGUAUUUAAAAUAACAAUUAAAUAGGUUCAUCCUCUAUUCCUUUUGAUCAAAGUUCUUAUUUGAUUAAUGUCAGAUUUGAGUCAGGCCUCUCAGAUAGAAAGUUGCCAUUAAGUCAUACAUGUUUCAAGUCCAUAGAAGUGCCUCUUUACAAAAGUUUUGCUGAACUCAAAUAGAAAUUAGAUAUAGCAUUUACUAUUGGAUUCGAAGGAUAUGGAUUUGGUUGA